AAGUUUUUGGCGUUCAAGAUAAAACGCAACCACCAAAAUGGGUAAAGUCAAGUGUUCCGAUUUGAGAACUAAAGACAAAAAAGAGCUCACGAGGCAACUCGAUGAGUUGAAAAAAGAACUUACUAGCCUUAGGGUGGCUAAAGUAACUGGAGGUGCCCCUUCCAAAUUGUCGAAAAUCCGUGUUGUGAGGAAGGCAAUUGCUUGGGUAUACAUUUUUAUGCACCAAAAACAGAAAGAAAAUUUGAGGAAGUUGUACAAAAACAAAAAGUACAAGCCUUUAGACCUCAGACCCAAGAAGACCCGUGCUAUCAGGCGUGCAUUGACCAAACAUCAAAUCAGUCUGAAAACCCCUAAAGAAAUCAGGAAAAUGUCUAUAUUCCCCCCAAGGAAAUUUGCACUUAAGGCAUAACCUGUAAUGUAAAAAAAAUAG